GCCCACAUUUUAAAGGUGAUCCAUGACCUGUGAUACACACAAUAUAAUUAUAAAUAAAUAAAAAGGUGAUCCAUGAGUGAGAUAUGUUGCUAACUUAACCUCUAUAAAUGAAGCUUUCUAGUUUCAACCAAAAUCAUCACCAGUUCACCAUACUAUAUAGUAGUUUUUGAGAUAUAGGUAAAUAUGGGAGAAAUACAUAGUGAGGUAACAUGGGAGCAAGAGGAGGAAGAAGAAAAAGAAGAAGCAGAAGCUCAAGUAGAAAUAUGGAAGUACAUAUUUGGUUUUGUUGAGCUAGCUGUAGUGAAAUGUGCAAUUGAACUUGGUAUAGCUGAAGCCAUUGAAAAGCACAAAAAACCCAUGUCACUACUAGAGUUAUCAUCAACUCUAAAAUGUGAUUCUUCAUAUGUUAACCGUAUCAUGAGAUUCCUAGUACAUAGGAAAAUAUUUAAAACCAUGAAUACCAACCAUGAUGACUAUCCUAGCUAUGUUCAAACACCACUUUCUCGACGUUUGAUUCGAAACGGUGAACAUAGCAUGGUUGCUAUUCUUUUAUUAGAGAGUAGUCCUGUAAUGGUAGCACCUUGGCUUAGUCUAAGUGAUCGUGUUUUGGUUAAUGGAAAUCCUUCAUUUGAGAAGGUUCAUGGUGAAGAUGUGUGGCAUUAUGCUGCUUCAAAUCUUGAUCAUAGCAAUCUUAUCAAUGAUGCUAUGGCUUGUGAUGCUAAAGUUGUUGUGCCUGCAAUUGUUGAAGGUUGUAGUGAAGUGUUUGAUGGUGUUGGAUCUUUGGUGGAUGUUGGUGGAGGAAAUGGUACCACCAUGAGCAUCCUUGCUAAGGCUUUUCCUAGGAUUCGAGGAAUUAACUUUGAUCUUCCCCAUGUUAUUGAUGUGGCUCCAAAGUAUGAUGGGGUGGAACAUGUGGCAGGUGACAUGUUUACAAGUGUUCCCAAAGCUGAUGCUGCAAUUAUUAAGUGGGUUUUGCAUGAUUGGGGGGAUGAAGAGUGCAUCCAAAUCUUAAAGAACUGUAGAGAAGCAAUUCCAAAAGAAAAUGGAAAAGUUAUUAUUGUGGAAGCAGUGAUUGAAGAAGGAGAAGGAAAACACAACAAGUAUAAAGACGUAGGGUUAAUGUUAGACAUGGUGAUGAUGGCACACACAAACAUUGGCAAAGAAAGGACACUCAAAGAAUGGGAAUAUGUGAUCAAAAUGGCUGGAUUCAAAGCACUCAUUGUGAAAUCUAUCAAUGCUGUUCAGAGUGUAAUCGUGGCCUCCUGUUAAGAUUAUGACAACAAACACUGAAAACAAUAAAUAACAUGAUCUUUGCAUGUAAUUCCUCCGUUUUUAAAUAUAAGUAAAAUUGAUUUUUUAGGUUGAUUUAUUUAAUGAUAUAUGUGGUCCAUAUUAUUAACCAGAUACAUUAUUGAAUGAAUGAAUCUAAAAUAAUUAUUUUGCUUAUAUUUAGAAACGGACGGUGUAUUUGUCAUCAAGAUGCAUUAUUGUCAUAAAAAUAAAAAACAUUUGUGUCGGUUGUCAUGAUUGUUAUGUACUUUGUUGUAUUUGUAUUAGCGUGUGUGUGUGAGAGUGAAAUGCAUUAAAAAUGUGAUACAUGCCA